AUGCCUAGAUUGACAUCAAAUUCGACCUUGAUACUUUUUAUUGUAACUUUUCUGUUUUCUCCUUUUAUUCAAAGUGAAGUCUUUACGGCAACCGAUGACAUUGAAAAAUUAAUCUAUUCAGAAUAUGAACUAUAUCAUGAAUUAGAUAAUUAUAUUAAGUUACAGCAAAAUCGAUUAGUCACAUUGAGGAAACUGUUAGAUGAAAUUAAGUCUCAAAUGCAUGGAGUUCAUUUAAAAGGUUAUGAACAGGGUAAGCAUCCACUGGCCGUUUUUUUAUUGGUAAGACGAUUUCUACGGAAUUGGAAAGAAUUAGAAGCAACCGCAGAAGAAGAACAGAUUUUCAACGAUAAGCUGCUAGAUACGUUUGCUUAUUAUAAACGGACAUUUCCUAAUCUUCAAGAUCUGGAAGGAUCUGCGGAAGCCAUCUUGCGAUUACAGGAUGUGUACAAUUUAAAGGAAAUUGAUUUAGCUAGUGGCAUCAUUGAUGGAGGCCCCCGUCUUGGAGUUCAGCUAAGUUGGUUGGACUGCUUUACUAUUGGUAAAAAAGCUUAUGAGAAUGAAGAUUUCGAGCGAAGUUAUAAAUGGAUGAAAAUUGUUCAGCGUAGUCAAAAUCCUUCGAUAUCGUCUGAUCAGUGGGUAAAGAUUCUUGACUACCUAGCUUUCUCAGCUUACAAGUUAGGAAAUGUUAAAGAAGCCAUGAAUUUAACUCAGGCGCUAUUAAAACUAGAUCCGAAGCAUGAAAGAGCAAAGCAAAAUAUUUAUUACUACGAAAAAGUUUUGACUAAAAAUAGCGAUGGUAAGGAAGGCGAAGACUCGCUCUCUCAAGAUGAAAAUGACUGGUCUCAUGAAUUUGAUUUUUACAAGAAGCUAUGUCGAGGUGGCCCAAAAGUAAAGGCUGGUGAUAAUAAAAUGGUUAGCAAUCAUCUCACCUGUUACCAGCUUCGUCAACAUGCCCGAUUGCUCUUUUCUCCAAUUAAUGUUGAAGUUAUCAGUUUACAACCGUAUAUCUUAAUCUAUCAUAAUUUAUUGAAUGAUCUAGAAGUUGAAGCAUUAAAAACCUUAGCUGCUCCUAUGUUACAACGAGCUACUGUACAUAACAAGGAUACCGGUAAAUUGGAGUAUGCAACUUAUCGAAUAAGUAAAAGUGCUUGGUUAAAUGAUGACGAUCAUCCUUUGGUUCGGAGAAUAUCUACAUUAAUAGAAGAUGUCACCGGACUCACCAUGGAAUCGGCAGAAGCAUUACAGAUUGCAAAUUACGGAAUUGGUGGUCAUUAUGAGCCGCAUUUUGAUCAUGCUGACGUAAGAAGCGGCACAGAUGUAUUUAAAACAUGGAAAGGUGGCAAUCGAAUAGCUACUAUGCUGAUUUAUUUGAGCAGUGUUGAAUUAGGUGGAGCUACCGUCUUUUCAUCAGCUGGCGUAAGAAUAGAACCUCGUCAAGGUAGCGCCGCUUUCUGGUAUAAUUUGCAUCGUAAUGGCAAUGGCAAUAACUUAACCCGACAUGCAGCAUGCCCAGUACUUAUUGGAUCUAAAUGGAUUGCUAAUAAAUGGAUACAUCAAGUUGGACAAGAGUUACGACAUCAGUGCACAUUAAAUUCGAAUGACUAA